CAUCCCCUACUAGAGUCGAUGACUGAAUCUCUUCUAUUCCAGCGACGUUCUCAUCACCAUGCUCUGAUACCAUCUUGAAAAGUUAAGGGAAGAAAAGAAAACACCAGAGUUACGUGGAAAACCCUAGACUAGGGAGAAAAAACCACGAUAAGAAUUUUUUAUUUUUAAUUCAGAUACAUAGUACACAAUACAGGAACAGGUAUAAAUAACCAAACAAUGAGAAACCCUAGACUGAUAAAAGACAAAAAGGCCCUUCGGGCUAAAAUAUAAUUUCAACAGGGUCAAAUGGUGAUUUAAGAUGGUAUCAGAGCAGGUGGUCUAGGGAGGUCUUGUGUUCAAGUCCCUGCAAUGUUGUUUCAUCCCCAAUUAAUAUUCAUAUCCGCCUAUUUGGCUCUUCUACGUAUUUCAAACCCACAAGUGAGAGGGAGUGUUAUAUCAUCUAAUUAAAUUUACCUUCACCCUCUAGCUUAGGUUUUUGGGUCAAUUGGUGAUUUAAGAACUUUUCUACCUAUUCUGGCCCUUCUAAGAUGUGAAAGUUAAAAUAGAGUGAUAAAGCAAACUAGUCUCAGAUCUAGGAGAAGUUAUCGCACCGCAUGAAAACAAAUGAACUAAAACAAAUGGACUAAUUGCAUCCAUAAAGUUGAUGUAAAAGCUAGAAGGUCAGGGUCUUACAUUAUCAAUAAUCAUCUUUCAACCGUCAAAAUUCUAUAGUUGGAAAGAAUUUAAUCCCCUACUAGCCACGGCCUGCUCUUCCUUCCGAUCAUCUUUCCGACCAGCCUCUAACCACUCCCUUUCUGUCCUCAAGCCUUCCUCCAUACUCAAUCCUCAUGGCCGACUUCAACCCCAUCCCAACCUCCUUACCCAAGACCCUUAACUCCACUCCCAUAGAUUCUUUGAAGUCCUUAGCUGCAAGAUAAAUGAAACCCACUUCUGUGUUUACUUACAAGAAGAAAAGUUCAUCAUCAAAGAUGUAGAAGCUAAGAAGUAUUUAUCUUUAUCUACACCACAGCUCUUGUGGUUUGUGGAUAACAUCUCUACCCUUGUGAAACUCCCAACUUCCAGCUUCUUUGUCAAAAACGGUCAAGACACUUAUGGAGUAAUGAAGCUCUCAAAAAUUCGUAUUUCUUCAAGGUGGUUGAUAAGAUGUGUGGUUUGGCCGGCGACUGGAGGACGGCUCUUUAUUCAUGUUCCAUCAGUAAGAGGUAUAAAACCCAAGGCACAUCCUUCAUCAUCACCAACCCUGUCUCAACCUGCUAGCUUGAUAACAAAUUCAAAACAGAGCACUCUUCAAGCUCUGGCUCCCAGAAAACAAAACAAGGCAAAGUAUUGGACAAAGAAGAAUCAAGAAGUACUUAAAGAAGAUUUCAGUAACCUAUGGGUAGUCUCAAGGUUGUUUGAAUCCAAUCAAUGGUCGGAAGUUUCAAAGGUAAUUAAAGUAUGGUCCAAUUCUAAUGUUUUAAUUAAUCCCUUAUCAGCAGAGUAUGCUUUACUAAAAAUAGAAGAAGGAAAGCUGGAAGCCUUAAUAGAACAACCGGGAAGAUGGCAAAAGAUAGGGCAUUUACACCUGAAAUUUGAAAGAUGGAGCAAUUCUCUACACAGCCGACCAAGAUCAAUAUAAGGAUAUGGAGGGUGGUUAUCCAUUAAAAAUCUGCCCCUGAACUACUAGUGCAAGAACACAUUUGAAGCAAUAGGUGCCUACUUUGGAGGGCUAGAAGCCAUUGCAAUUGAAACACUAAAUCUAUUCAAUGUGGUUGAAGCAAGGAUUAAGUUAAAGAAGAACAUCGGUGGUUUUUUGCCAGCAACAAUAGAAAUAACAGAAAAAAACAGAGGAAAUAUAUUUUUACACUUUGGGGACAUGGAGUUCUUGGAUCCUCUAAGAAAAGAUAUGAGAAUUUUGGGAGGAAAUGAAGUCCACAAUCCGGUUGACAUAGCUAGACUAAAUCAGGUUAAGAUCGAUGAAGGAUUAAGCCAUCCAAAUUCAGCUGAAGAGUGGUCUUUCCUUGAUACAGCAGUAAAUCAAAAGUUUUUUUUGCAAGGAAUCCUCUGUUUUCAAAAGAAGUCAAUGUCAACUCGCCGGAAAAAUCAGAACAGGGGACAUCUUUGCCGGAAAAAGAGGAAGGUAGCUUGCCAGAGCAAUUGGUUGGCCAAUUAGAAACCACUCUACCCGAAAUCCAGAACCGGUUAGGUGUGAACAUGUGGAAAGAGAAUGAAGAAAUCUCAUUAAGAAGAGAGAAGGAAGUCAAGGGAAGCCCAACAGCCACUCCUUCGAGAACUCCAACAGUCACCACUCUAUUUAAUUCUAAAAACACCUCGUUUAUAAACCCUACUAAAACAUCUCUUUUGGAAAAAAACCAAAGGACUGACGUUUCAGAUUCCUUGGAAGAACAACCAAUUAUUGUGAAAGAGAUAAACCCCUCAUCUUCAGUUCUACAUGGCCCCACAAUGAAUAAACCAUCAGCAUCUCGGGAGAAAAACAAAUUACCCUGCUGCGCGGCAGUAAAUGAACUCCCCACUGAAGAGACAAGGAAGUUGAAGCAUCAUAUUCGAUUAAAAAGCUGUGGCUGGCCAGAGGAUACCGAGGAGACACAUACAUUAAAUGCUGAAGAGGAAGAGUCCUCCCCUGUUCAAUCCCCUGUCCAAUUUACCCCUCCGGCAUUUGAUAAUUCAUUGAAAUAUCUAGAAGAAAACUCAGUGUCCCUCUUUAGCCGAAGCUCACAUCUUCUCAAGCCAUUCCCCAAAUACUUUGAAAGAAGGAAAAGCUCCAUUGUUAAAACGUGGUCCUUACUUGCAAACUCAAACUUAUUGGAAGAUUGUUGCGCUCGGGUACAAAUACCUAUUGAUAAGGCAGAAAGGUCAGUAAUUCCUCCCAAUUUUCCUUCUUCAACCACUCCUCAGUUGGGUAAAAACUUAGAUCUAUCUUUCAUUUAUGUGCAAGGGUCUCCCAUUUCUGUCUUUGGCUCUAAAAAGCUACCACAAGAGUAUGAUGAAGCCUCAAUAGCUAGUGUCAGCAGUGAAGAUUUAGACUUUGAGGAUCAUAACUUGAAAUUCAAAGGCCUAGAAGAUCAAAAAGAUGCCAUACUAAACUUGAAUUUGCUUUUCCAUGAAGAGGAGGUACAAGAUUCAGCAGUCUUAAUCCCUCCAUCCCACAUUGAACUACCUCAAGAGCUCAAUUCUUUCUUAAAUAUUUGUGACAUUACCCUGGCAUAAUCAGCAAAUGAAGAUUAUCUCCUGGAAU